AGUCGAUGUUCUUUGUUCCAGAUGGACGAAAUUUUUUAAAAUUAGUGCUGUUGUUCUGGCUUUAAUUUUCUUUGAGUUAAUUACUGUAAUUGUUCGACGUCUGAUCGAUAUCAGCAGUGUUCAUUUUGUCAAACGUUCGUCGUGACAAUGUCUACAUGAGUUGUGAAAGGAGGGAUCUUCCGAUCUAAUGGUGUUCUCAAUGUGAAGUCACCAAGGAUUAAUAGGUUCGAUGUUGGUUUAUGCAUUAUGUGCGACGGUCUGCGCUGUGGGAUUGAUCCUCCUUCUGGCCUUACUAGGAUGGUGGAUUUAUAUACGCAUUUCACCAUUUCAUGUGACAGUUAGCAGGAUUCCUGGUCCCAGGUUCUAUUUGCCAUUAUUGGGUAACACUUUGGAGUUCGUCGGAGGACUAGAUCAUGUUCUCCAAACGUUCCAGGAAACGUGGACGGAGAGAUACGGAGAAAUUUACAGAGUAUUCCUUGGCUCGCACUGUUACGUUGGUAUUUCUUCACCUGAUUUGUUGGAGGCUAUAUUAAGCAGUCACAAGGUCAUCGAUAAGGGAGUUUCGUAUGACACAAUACUUCCGUGGUUAGGACAAGGACUUCUAAUAAGCUCUGGAGAUCUGUGGAGAUCGCGGAGAAAGCUGUUGACACCAGCCUUUCACUUUAGUAUUUUGAAGAACUAUUUUGAAGUUUUCAAUGAGCAAAGUCGUAUUCUUUCUGGAAUUUUUGGAGAAAUGUGCGAAUCGUUUCCUGGAGGAAGAGGAGAGAUGGAUGUCUAUCCGUAUAUUACGAAAUGCUCUCUGGAUAUAAUAUGUGAGGCUUCGAUGGGUACAAGGAUCAACGCCCAAACCCAGGAUUCGGAUUAUGUUAGGGCGGUACGCAGGAUUGGACAAGUGAUAAUGGAGAAGGUGCUACAGCCGUGGAUGGGAAAUCCAUGGAUUUUUUCACUGUCAGCAUUGGGAAGAGAACACAAUCGGUUGUUGAAGACUCUUCAUGGUUUUACGGAGGAUGUGAUUCGAGAGAGGCGACGAGCUUUAGCUGAGAAAGAAUACGUGGCAGAAGAAAGUGGAACUGGGAUUAGGAAUAGGUUGCCGCUUCUCGAUUUGUUGCUUAGGGCGUCGGAUGACGGAGGGACUUUGUCAGACCAAGAUAUAAGGAAUGAAAUUGAUACUUUCAUGUUCGAGGGACAUGACACCACGACUUCAAUGAUGGGUUGGUUUCUGUAUUGCAUAGCAGCCAAUCCCAAAUGCCAGGAGAGAGCUUGUACGGAGCUGAACAGUGUGUUUGGGGAAUCGGAAAGGGAUUGCACUCAUGAUGAUAUCCCAAACUUAAAGUAUCUUGAAUGUUGCAUCAAGGAAACAUUGAGACUUUAUCCUAGCGUUCCUGCUUUUGAAAGAGAUGCUCGUGAAGAUAUUCAGAUCGGGAAGUAUACAAUUCCUGCCGGAUGCACGUUGGGAUGUUUUGCGUUUGCCACACAUCGUAAUCCAAAAGUGUUUCCAGAUCCUUUGGUUUUCAAGCCUGAAAGAUUUUCGGAUGAGGCAAUUGGUCGACAUCCUUACGCAUAUGUUCCGUUCAGUGCUGGACCACGCAAUUGCAUUGGACAACGGUUCGCAAUGCUGGAAGGGAAAGUUGUCCUGUCAACUCUUCUUCGACGCUUCAAAUUUGAAAUGUGUAGUGCAAAGCCACCAGAUCCUUCAAAUCAGCUUAUUUUGAAAUCUUUAACUGGAAUGAAUUUAAUUGUAUCUCGUCGUUGAAGGGAUCUACUGAAGAAAUUAGCUUCCAAAGUAAAGCUUAAAAGUAGAAUAAAGGUAUGGCAAUUGCCGAAAA